AUGAAAACUGAAUCGCCAAAAAAGUCAGAAAGUAAGGAACACGAUCCAAAGCGAAACCUGAGAAGGUUCUCUCUAAGUAAUUACAACAAUUUUACAGUGCGUACAAUUCUAACAAUUUUAUUGGCAAUCGGCUUCGUGUUCAUAUUUCUUUGCGGCCAUUUCUACAUUGCAUUCCUGGUCGUCCUCUCAAUUAUUAAAAUGUAUUAUGAGAUACUGUCCCUCCAUGAUAAGGCCCUUUCUUUUGCUGUAACAUCAGACGAUGAAUUUGUUACUGGGACACCCUCAAUAAAUAGAGCUUCAUCUUCCCAAAAUUCACUACUUAGUAAGCAACAUUCUGGAAGUCAAGCUAGUAAGCAUCGUCCAAGCCUUAAAUCGCUACGAAAUAGGGAGAGAAAGACGGUGUAUUUCUUUUCAAAGGCACCAGAUUUAUUGAGUUGGAUAUCCCUUGAAACUUACUUCCUUUGCAUCGCCCUGGUCCUAGUUAGCGUGCCUUGGCUAGUUCCCAGACUACAACAUUAUAACAACUGGUUUUCAAGAUCACUUUUAUACGUUACAAGCUACCAUUAUUUGAUUUCUUUUAUGCUAACAAUGGCAGGAAUGAUUAAGUUCGUCAUUUCUAUGGAAAGAGGGAGGUACAAGCAACAUUUCCUAAAGCUUGCAAUGAUCGUUGUUUCUGUCCUUUAUGUGGUUUGUGAAGGCUUGAUGGUUAUUACUAACAUUUAUUACGGUAUGGUAUGGUUCUUGUGCCCUCAUGUUAUGGUUGCCGUGAACGACGUUUUGGCCUAUCUUUUUGGAAGAUUCGUUGGAAAACGCCCUUUGAUCGUCAUUUCACCUAAGAAAACAGUGGAAGGUUUUCUGUAUUCCGCACUUGCUACCACUCUUUUAACUGUGUUAAUCGUUCCCUUUUUGCUCAACUACAAGGCUCUACUGUGUCCGACUAAUCACUUUAAUCUGAGGCCAUUCGUUUGGCUUUAUAGUACAAACUGUAAAUUACCAAGUGUAUAUCAAAUUAAGAAUUGGAAAUUGCCCGAGUUUGCGGCUAAGCUUCUCAAAAGGAAUAAUCUCCCAUAUAGCGAGUUUGUACUUCAUAUGCUUGUUUUGAGUCUUUUUGCAAGUCUAUUUGCUCCUUUUGGUGGGUUUUUGGCUAGUGGUUUUAAGCGCGCGCUCAAGGUUAAGGACUUCAGUAACGUCAUACCUGGACAUGGUGGCAUUACCGACAGGUUCGACUGUCACAUUUUAAUGGGAGGGUUCACUUACUUUUACCUUAAAACAUUCGUAAGAAAACAACAACUGGUUGAGGUCGUGUAUAAAAUGUUUCUAAAGCUGCCUAAAAAUGAACAACUAGAACUUUUAUCCAAAUUUAGACAAUUAUCUUGA